UAGUGGGUCCUAAUACCAGGAGGGGUGGGCACCUGAUGUCACAUGGGGCAUGCUCAGCGUGUGCUGGGCCCUGGGGACAUCAGUGAUGGAGCCCAGGCAAAGUGGUAGGUGUAAAGGAAUGAUGGAGAGACCUGGAAAGCUACCUGGCCCAUGUCACGAGGGUGCUAGGAUACUGUGCUAAGAUGUUUCUGAGGCCCAGGAACUGAGUGCCCUGUGCCCAUAGUGACAUGUAGGAAGGGACAAUGGGGUUGUUGGAGGUUCAGGGUCAGGCCUGAACCAAGGUGCCACCAUGCUGGAUGGAGAUGCCAAAGCAGAGGGCAGACCUCAUGACUGGUGGGGAUCAGGUGCUGGAGGGGAGACAAGGGGACCCCAGGGCUAGGGCUGUGGGUGUCUCCAGAGCAGGCUGCUCCUCUGUCCUCCACCAUCUUCCUCAGGGGGUGCUGGUCUGGGUACCCGAGGUGAGGGGCCAGAGGAAGCCCACGGCUCAGCGGGUCCCAUCUGACUGUGUCCCACGCAGGUUUCUGGGUUCCUGUGAGGAGAACAGCCCUGGGAAGGCUGGCAGUUCCCCUGCUAGGCAUGGGGUACAACUGAUUGUGUGUGAAUGCAGUGGAGGCUGGCCAGAAGCACCUCUUGCUACAGGCUGGACUGUGCUGCUGCCCCACGUGGCACUGCCGUGGGCUAAAGCCCAGUCCUGGCUUCUCACAGAAACUUCUGGGCACUCUUCCACCCCGCUACCUCAUUUUUUGCCCAUGGCCAUAGAGCCAGGCCAGGCGUGGGCUACAACUCAUUCUCCUUGGUGUGCCCCCUAUGUCUUGUUGGAAAUGAUCAUGUAUUGUAAGGGCAGUGGGCAGGCAGGUGUGGCCGGCUGGGCAGGUUGAGGGCAUGCCAUCCUGGCAAAGAAUGACUCAUGCCACUUGGGUCCUUACCUGCUCUGAGUCCUUUAUUCUGUGUGGAGCCUGUUUUGGGGCUCUGCAGAUGGGCUUCUCCUGCCAUCAGGGAUCUUUAGUUGGCCUGUCUGCCCACACUCGUCUAGGUUUGUGGUUGCCUGGGAUGAGAUGCAUGCUGGCUGAGUGUCGCUCAGCAGGAGCAUCUGGGGAGAGCAAGGAGUAGCCCAGUGUGACCUGCCCAGUGCUGCCAUUUCUGGUGGGUUCUUGGCAUGGAAGAGGAUUGGCAGAGGAAGGCAGGGUAGGGGUUCGGACCUGUGCAUUAAGGGGCAUGCCACCACGCUGCCAGCAGGCCACCAGCUCAGGCUGUGCUGCUCUGUCCAAGUCAGACGUCUGUAGCAGCUGCUAAUGGGCAGGCACCAGGCAGGUGGCUGAGGCCACACAUGGAGGGCCCGCUGUACCUCCUUGCCCAGGUGCGGCCCACAGGAUGCCUCCCCUCAUCUGCAGCUUGCUGGCAUUUAAGAGUCACAGGCAUUCUUGGGGGGGCGGGGGGCGUCCAUACUGUGGCUGACCUGGGCUUGGCUGUGUUCUGUGGAAGAGAGAAGUUUUUGGUAACGGAGCCUGCAGCGGUCUCAGGCCCAGGUGCCGUGCCUUAGCAAGGGCCAGAGACCGGAAGGGAAGGGGGCUGAGAAACAGCAGUAUGGGGAGGCCAAGUGGCCCAAGAGGUGAGGCUCUCGAGAUGAACAAGCAAUGAGGAGUUUCUUUGAGGAAAGGCUCAUAAUUAGUCCAUGGGUUGGAAAGGUUUGUCCUAAGACAUCCACCUGCUUCUGUGAAAGCCCCAGAGGUCCUGCCUGCACAAGGUGAAGCAGCAGCUGCCAUAGGGAACCCGUCCAGGAGGGAGGAGAAUGUGCAGACGUUGGAGCUGGCUAGGUGGUUCAUACCCCUGAGAAUAUGAGGCGGUCAUUGACUCAAACACCAGGCUGGGCAUGGACUGAGGCCCAGCCCCAUGGGCAGUGCCCCUUCCCUGCCUAUCCUGUGCUGGACAUGGGUCUUGGCGUGGACCUGGGCAGACAGUGGAUGUCAGAGGGCCCAUGGGGCUCGGCCCCUGCUCCUGGCAAAACCUGGCCACUGCCCCUCCUCACUGCUCACCUGUGGCCUCAGCUGGCUGGCAGUGUUUCCUGAGGGAGCCAGGCCUGUGAUAUGGUGAAUGUCAGAUUUGGGGGUGGGGCAGGACCCAGGACCCUGGAGAGGGGCCUAAGUAGAGGCGUGAUAAGUGGUUUUCCUCCAUAUUGCUGGCCAGUGUCAUGUGGCCAGGCGGGGCCACUGGGCACACAUGGGAGCUGGAAGGAGCCUGUCUGCUCUUUAGCUCCUUUUCCAGCCUCAGGGCCCUGCUGGCAACACUGCAGACCAUGUCCAGAAAUGGCGUGCUGAUUGCUCGCUUACUAUCGGGGAGUCUCUGGGUCCUCUCCGAGUCCUGUUGACUUUCUCUCUUAACAGUUACUCAAAUCUAUUUGUGUCAUUAAUUUAAAAAACUUUGUUGAAGAAACACAUCUAACACAGGUCCCAGGUCAUAAGGGAUCCAGAUUUGCGAAGUGAAUAGGCAUGUAGUUAGCACCCAGGUCAAGACAUAGUGUGUCCCUGGGUCCCAGAGUCCCUGGGGCUGCCUCCAGCAGGUUCCCUGCUGCCAUCACCCUGAGUUUGCUUGCCCUGUUUGUGUACUUUCCAUAAAUGGAUUCAGAUAGCAGGCACCUGGCGGCUUUCCUUGCACAUCUGCGGAGCUGGCCCGUGCAUCGCGUGGUGGGUUUGUGCUCCCAGGGAGUAUGUCACAUCUCAUGACCAGUUCACCUGGAAGGGCAUGGGAUCAGAGCUGCUCUGUACACAGCCUCCACUGCCCUCUGGUACAAAUCCGGAGUGGGUGGGCCACAGUUCUCCAGGGAAGACCCCAGAAGUGGGGCCCUGAGUGACCCCAGGCACUGUCCACUGCCCUAGGGCAGCGUUCCAUUCGGAGGCAGUGGCCUGGUGGCCGGAACCUGUGUUUAUUAGUCUUUGGGCAGAUGCCCCUUUACUCUUGGGUCACCUGCUUUGUGUCCAUCUGAGUUCCCCAUAUGCUCUAGAGACAAGCCCUCUGUGGUGCCUGCACACACUGGUUCCUGACGUCAGCGCAGUGUCACUUACCAACUGGCUGCAUGAGAGAGAGUCUGGGUUUUUGUGAAGGCUUUAUUUAUUUGACAGCACAAGUUGGGGGAGAGGGAGAAGCAGACGCCUUGCUGAACAAAGAACCUGAUGUGGGGCUCCAUCCCAGGACCCUGGGAUUGUUAGCUGAGGGCAGAUGCUUAACCGACUGAGCGCCCCCUGGGUGUCCCAAAUCCACUAAUUUUAGAACAAAUGUGUACUGAUGGCCCACUCUGCCGACCACCCAGAACUGGAUCUCUGAGCACAGGCGGCCACUCUUUGGGUAUUCGCCAAGUCUUGUUCCCUGGGGGUCCGCUGGCCUCUCUCUAGGACUGCCCCUGGACCUCUGCUUGUGUUCACCACAGCAUCUCAUAGUGGCUGGAGCGGCCUUUCCAAAGAAGGGUCCUACCUUUCCUCCAGGACAGGUGCCAUGUUGCAUCUCUGCAGCUUGUGUCCCUUGCUGCUGGCCAGUGGCCAGGUGCACCUCCUUUGGGCUGUAGCACACAUGCUUAUCACGCUUCUCUCUGCCUCAGGGCAUUUGCACAUGCCCUCAUGCCCCUCCCUGCCUAGUUCUCCGAGACGUGUCCCCCCCCCUUCUUCCCCCGUCUCCCUGGCAGCCCUCUCAGAACUGGUGAGAGCCUGUGUGGCCUUCUCCAUGUGGCCUGAGGGUACCGUCUGCCUGCAGGUCCCGGAGCAGUCCUGCCCACCAUGGACCCAGACCCCCAGGCAGGUGUGCAGGUGGGCAUGCGUGUGGUACGCGGCGUGGACUGGAAGUGGGGCCAGCAGGAUGGCGGUGAGGGCGGCGUGGGCACAGUGGUGGAGCUCGGCCGCCAUGGUAGCCCCUCGACCCCCGACCGCACGGUAGUUGUGCAGUGGGACCACGGCACCCGCACCAACUACCGCGCUGGCUACCAGGGUGCCCACGACCUGCUGCUCUAUGACAACGCCCAGAUCGGCGUCCGCCACCCCAACAUCAUCUGCGACUGCUGCAAGAAGCACGGCCUGCGAGGCAUGCGCUGGAAGUGCCGCGUCUGCUUCGACUACGACCUGUGCACGCAGUGCUACAUGCACAACAAGCAUGACCUCACCCACGCCUUCGAGCGCUACGAGACAGCCCACUCGCGCCCGGUCACGCUGAGUCCCCGCCAGGGCCUCCUGAGGAUCCCAUUGAGGGGCAUCUUCCAGGGGGCGAAGGUGGUGCGGGGCCCUGACUGGGAGUGGGGUUCGCAGGAUGGAGGGGAAGGGAAGCUGGGCCGAGUGGUGGACAUCCGUGGCUGGGAUGUGGAGACGGGCCGGAGUGUGGCCAGUGUGACGUGGGCUGAUGGCACCACCAAUGUGUACCGUGUGGGCCACAAGGGCAAGGUGGACCUCAAGUGUGUGAACGAGGCAGCUGGUGGCUUCUACUACAAGGAGCACCUCCCGAGGCUUGGUAAGCCAGCAGAGCUGCAGCGCAGGGUGAGUGCCGACAGCCAGCCUUUCCAGCACGGGGACAAGGUUAAGUGUCUGCUGGACACAGACAUCCUGAGGGAGAUGCAGGAAGGCCACGGCGGGUGGAACCCCAGGAUGGCGGAGUUUAUCGGACAGACGGGCACCGUGCACCGCAUCACGGACCGUGGGGAUGUGCGUGUGCAGUUCGGCCGUGAGACCCGCUGGACCUUCCACCCUGGGGCUCUCACCAAGCACAAUGCCUUCUGGGUGGGCGAUGUGGUACGGGUCAUCGAUGACCUUGACACAGUGAAGCGGCUGCAGGCUGGGCAUGGCGAGUGGACAGAUGACAUGGCCCCCGCCCUGGGCCGCAUUGGGAAGGUGGUGAAAGUUUUCAGAGACGGUAACCUGCGUGUGGCAGUCGGUGGUCAGCUGUGGACCUUCAGCCCCUCCUGCCUGGUGGCCUACCGGCCUGAGGAGGAUGCCAACCUGGAUGUGGCCGAACGUGCCAGGGAGAACAAAAGCUUCCUGAGUGUUGCCCUGGAGAAGCUUCGAGCCCAGAAGAGUGACCUGGAGCACCCAGGGAGACUGGUGGUGGAGGUGGCCUUGGGCAGUAUGGCCGGGGCUCUGGACCAGCUGAGGCGGCACCCAGAGCAGGUGGACACCAAGAACCAGGGCAGGACCGCCCUGCAGGUGGCCGCCUACCUAGGCCAGGUGGAGCUGGUGCGGCUGCUGCUGCAGGCACGAGCGGGCAUGGACCUGGCAGAUGAUGAGGGCAAUACGGCGCUGCACUAUGCAGCCUUGGGGAACCAGCCUGAGGCUGCCCGGUUGCUCCUGAGCUCUGGGUGUGGGGCCAAUGCUCUUAACAGCACCCGGAGCGCAGCACUGCAUGUGGCUGUGCAGAGGGGCUUCCUGGAGGUGGUGAAGGUUCUCUGUGAACGUGGCUGUGACGUCAACCUGCCUGAUGCACACGCGGACACACCUCUGCACUGUGCCAUCUCGGCGGGCGCCGGCGCCAGCGGCAUCGUGGAGGUCCUCACUGAGGUGCCGGGUGUUGAUGUCACGGCCACUAACAGCCAGGGCUUCACCCUUCUGCAUCAUGCAUCCCUCAAGGGCCACACGCUAGCUGUCAGGAGGAUUCUAGCUCGGGCACGACAGCUGGUGGACGCCAAGAAGGAGGAUGGCUUCACAGCCUUACACCUGGCUGCCCUCAACAACCACCGGGAAGUGGCCCAGAUUCUCAUCCGAGAGGGCCGCUGCGAUGUGAACGUUCGCAACCGUAAGCUCCAGUCCCCCCUGCACCUGGCUGUGCAGCAGGCCCAUGUGGGGCUGGUGCCGCUGCUGGUGGAUGCGGGCUGCAGUGUCAAUGCCGAGGACGAGGAAGGGGACACAGCCUUGCACGUGGCCCUGCAGCGUCAUCAGCUGCUGCCCCUGGCAGCAGAUGGGGCCGGGGGGGACCCAGGGCCCUUGCAGCUGCUGUCCAGGCUCCAGGCCUCAGGCCUCCAGGGCAGUGGGGAGCUGACGGUGGGAGCGGCGGUCGCAUGCUUCCUGGCACUGGAGGGCGCCGACGUGAGCUACACCAACCACCGGGGCCGCAGCCCGCUGGACCUGGCCGCCGAGGGCCGCGUACUCAAGGCCCUGCAGGGCUGUGCACAGCGCUUCCGGGAGAGGCACGCGGGCGGCAGCGGGGGUGCGGCCCCGGGCCCGAGGCUGGUGCUUGGCACCCCCAACACCGUGACGAACCUGCACGUGGCUGCGCCGUCGGGGCCCGAGGCGGCCGAGUGCCUGGUGUGCUCGGAGCUGGCCCUGCUGGUGCUGUUCUCGCCGUGCCAGCACCGCACUGUGUGCGAGGAGUGCGCGCGCAGGAUGAAGAAGUGCAUCAGAUGCCAAGUGGUCAUCGGCAAGAAGCUGCGGCCAGACGGCACAGAGGUGGCCAGCGCGACCCCCGCGUCCGGCCCGCCGCGGCAGCUGGUGGAGGAGCUGCAGAGUCGCUACCGGCAGAUGGAGGAGCGCAUCACCUGCCCCAUCUGCAUCGACAGCCACAUCCGCCUCGUGUUCCAGUGCGGCCACGGCGCGUGCGCACCCUGCGGCGCCGCGCUCAGCGCCUGCCCCAUCUGCCGCCAGCCCAUCCGCGACCGCAUCCAGAUCUUCGUGUAGCCCGCCCCCCCCCCCCCCCCCGCACUCCCGGCCGCGCCCCGCCACGUUCCGGAGCCACGUCCCGCCGUUGUCUUCGCAAGCCCCCACCACGUGUUUUAUAAAAAGAUUCUCGGAC